GAGCAAUAGGCAAGAGCAGCAGAAAACUCGAAGAUGAAGUGGACGGCGAUUCUCGUGGCGGCGGUGAUGGCGGCGGUGCAGGUGCAGGCCAAGGACGACCUGCCGCCGGACGCGCAGCUGCGCAUCGGCGUCAAGUACCGCCCCGAGGAGUGCCCCAAGAAGAGUCAGCUGGGCGACGUGCUGUCGAUGCACUACACGGGCACGCUGCGCAAGGACGGCUCCAAGUUCGACUCGAGCCUGGACCGCAAUCAGCCCUUCGAGUUCCCGCUGGGCGCCGGCCGCGUUAUUAAGGGCUGGGACCAAGGACUGGUGAACAUGUGUGUCGGUGAGAAGCGUCGUCUGACGAUCCCGUCGAACAUGGGCUACGGCGACCGCGGCUCGCCCCCGAAGAUCCCCGGCAAGGCCACGCUGGUGUUCGACGUCGAGCUGCUCGAGAUCAAGGGCAACAGCGACGAGCUGUAAAUGAACGAGGAUGCUCAUCAUAUCGCACAACCCGUUCUUUAUGCUGGACCCGAGCAGGCUGCAGCAGAAUCGUAAAAUGAGAAUGUGACGUAGUUGUUCCGGUGU